AUGUCUGUCAAAUUUGAGAAAGAGCAAGUGCGAACAACGGCACCUUUCGUGCCAGGCGGCCGUGAUGAGACCACGGCGCAUAAGAUUGGGGAAGCUCUAACCGGCGGAAAGCAACAGGCGGGCUAUCUUGCUGCGUACCUCAAACAAUUGCAAUCGAAUCCGCUGCGCACCAAAAUGUUGACCUCGGGCACGUUAUCCGCUCUGCAAGAGCUUCUAGCCUCGUGGCUCGCCCAUGACCGCAGCAAGAGUGGCCACUACUUCAGCUCCAGAAUCCCCAAGAUGGCCAUCUAUGGCGCCUUCAUCAGUGCCCCGAUGGGUCACGUCCUGAUCGGCUUUCUCCAAUGGGUCUUUGCUGGCCGCACCAGCCUGAAGGCCAAAAUCCUCCAGAUCCUGACCAGCAACUUGGUGAUCGCUCCAAUCCAGAAUACUGUCUAUCUAGCUUCCAUGGCCGUCAUUGCUGGCGCACGUACCUGGCACCAGAUCCGUGCCACCGUCCGUGCUGGCUUCUGGCCUGUCAUGAAAGUCAGCUGGAUUACAUCUCCGAUCGCUCUGGCCUUUGCCCAGAAAUUCCUCCCGGAACAAACCUGGGUGCCAUUCUUCAACAUCGUUGCUUUCUGCAUCGGUACCUAUAUCAACACCCACACCAAGAAGAAGCGACUCGCGGCCUUGAGGAAGAAGCAUUAUGGCGACGGCAAGAGCUCCUCCGGCCGUCCUGAUGAGAGAUACUAG